AUGGCCACAAAAGCAGCUUACAAACGACUCACACGGGAGUACCAAAACAUCCAAAAGAACCCACCACCUUUCAUUAUUGCGCACCCAUCAGAAUCCAACAUCCUUGAGUGGCAUUACAUUAUCACUGGGCCUCACGGAACGCCGUACGAAAAUGGUCAGUACUGGGGUACUUUGAUGUUUCCUCCCGAAUACCCAUUUGCUCCUCCUGCUAUCCGCAUGCACACCCCAAGUGGUCGAUUUCAACCAUCAUCCCGGCUUUGCCUAAGCAUAAGCGAUUUCCAUCCAAAAUCAUUCAAUCCGGCCUGGGAAGUUUCGACCAUUCUCAUCGGACUCCUCUCCUUCAUGACCAGCGAGGAAAUGACCACAGGAAGUGUAAGUGCGUCAGAAGCAGAAAGACGGGUUCUUUCUGCACGGUCUAGAUGGUGGAACUCUACAGGCGGGGGCACCCAUAUCAGCUCUACACCCGGGGUGACACCCACUUCUAGGGGCAUCAAUAAUGUAAAAGCGGGCGAUGGGGGUUUGAAGUUCCGUGCGGAAUGGCCAGAACUGGACCAGGAAAACUGGAAAUGGUUGAAAGAGAAUCGCAUUGAUACUGCGACUGGGCAAUUAAGACCUGACCCGAAUACUGGAUCGAGCAAAUGCUCUCCAGAAACGAGUGCGCUCCGCAGACGUCCCAACGGUAGUGGCCCCGGCCUCGGGGUUGUAAUGGAUGGUGGCAAUGCUGCACGAGAGGUCGGCCAAACUUGGAUUCAACGCAACAAAGUCUGGGUCGGCCUCGCGGUCUUGUUUGGAUAUGCCCUUAUCUCAAGACUUGUUCAAGAUGUUCAGGGUUGA